AUGCCUCCAGUGAUAUCCCGCAAUAAAAAGAAUGGCGCUGAGUAUGAGAAUGUUCUAAGUACUAAGUGCAAUGUGCUCGAUUUCGAGAAAUACAUUCAAGAAAACAAAACACUUCUUUUAAAUGAUCCAUUGAGGGAAAUACUUCUGUAUCCAUCUGACGAUGUUUCUAGUGUUGUGCUACCCCGUCGUUGGAGAACCGUGACAACAGCGGUACCAGAUGUUAGAACUGCAUCAACAUGUCCGCUGCUAACGAGACAGGCAUUACUUAGUUAUGCUUCAAGCUGGAACCUUGUUCAUUAUAAAUACAGCAACUAUUCAGGAUCAUAUCUCAAUUUGCCAAGACCGUUAAAUGAUAAGCUGCCGGAGGAAGUAUAUGAUAUUGAUGCUGAAACAGAGAAGGAUCAUGAGUCCCAAGCUAAGGUGGACGUUGGAACCAAAGAGGGCUACUUGCUCAAAGGACCAGAAAUCGGUUCUGAUAGGAUAUUUAGCAAUCUCGCUUCAAAAUCGUUUAAGAAACGCUAUUGCUCAAUGGUCAGAGAGGCGGACGGCGCUUACAUACUCGAAGUUUAUAAAGACGAGAAGAAAACUGACACUAAACUGACUAUUGUUAUGGACUUUUGCUCAGAAGUUGUUAAGAAUACAAAGCGCGCGCGUUACUGUUUCGAACUACGGAUGUCCGGCAACAAAGGAUAUACCUUUGCUGCCGAAAACGAAGAGGAAAUGAACGAAUGGAUAAAGGCUUUUGAAGCAGCGCUCAAGAAGAACCAAGACCAGAGCAUCAAUCAGUCUGAAGAGACUUUAGAUAAAGAUGCAGACGUAUCUCUAACAGCGGAACCGCCUCCUCCUAUCUACGGAACCCUCAAAGGCCUGGAGCAUAGCAUGAACCCGCUACUGAUGCGGUACUCGAGGGAAACUGACCUCUCAAUAGCUGCAGCCAGAAACGACUCUCGUUCCAAUAUAUUCACCUUGCCAUAUAAAAGGGCUCCUUCUCCCGAACCACAGUUGGAACCGUUCAAAGAACACUUUGGCCAAAGAAUAUUGCUCAAAUGCGAAAGCCUAAAAUUUAGAUUACAAGCACCGAUAGAUGGUGACAAAGAACUGCUGUGCCAAGUGGAGCCCUACUUCACUUAUCUAGCGCUCUACGAUGCCCGUAGCGGCAAAAAACUCACCGAAAAUUUUCACUUCGAUUUAAACCACGCGGCCGUGAGAGAUCUAGUCAAAGAAACGGAGUGCACAAAAUCAUUAGUAGAAAAUUUUAGCUAUGACGUUAAACUGGACGUCAAACAGUUAUCCGAGGAAUGGUUUAGAUCAAAGAGACAGGCCUUGCUAUCAGUAAAUAAUCCACAUCCAGACUUGUUUUUAGUUGUUAAAAUCGAUAAGAUCUUACAAGGACAUGUGAGUCAGGUGUUGGAGCCCUACCUGAAGGCAACGAAAGAUCCUCGGUUGGGACUUAAAGUUCACAAAACUGUCCAAGCCUACGCCAACCGAGUUGGCAACUAUCGCAUGCCGUUUGCUUGGGCUAUGAAACCUUUAUUUAAAUUAUAUAGCAAUGAUCUCGACACGACGCCAGAAUUUCCGGCAAUCUACCGUCAGGAACCGAACAAAAUGUCAGAUGAAGAUUUACUGAAAAUAUUAUCGGAUUACCGGAAACCGGAAAAACUUGCAAAGUUAACGGUCAUACCGGGAUGGCUCAGCAUCAACAUACAGCAGAGCAACGAACAAAUACCAAAUUGUAUGACAAGUGCAUACGCAGCACUAAAGCCAUUCCCGCUAUCACCUUUGUCGCCGCUAACUUUGGAAUUGGCAACUCUAAAUGCAGACGCGGAACAACCUUAUGCAUCUUAUAUCCAUCACUUAUACGUACGACCGUUAUCACUCAGCUUCGAGUCGCAGAAAAUGUUCGUCAGAGCCAGAAACAUUGCUUGCUCUAUUGAACUUAAAGAAAGCGAUAUCGGUGAUGUGAAACCAUUGCAGGUUAUAUAUGGGCGUAUCGGCAUGACGACCCAGUACCGAUGUUCAGUAUUACACCACAACACGAACCCCAGCUGGUGUGAUGAAGCAAAGAUUCGUCUGCCAGCUACCAUAACACCAUCACAUCAUCUUUUGUUCACUUUUCAUCAUAUUUCAUGCGAUUUGGCAAAAAAGAAUGACACCAAUGUGGAAACUUGUAUAGGAUAUGCUUGGGUGCCAUUGCUGAAAAAUGAUAAGCUUAUAGAUGAGUUUAUCAAUCUGCCGGUGGCGACACAUUUGCCUUCGGGUUACCUAUCAAUUCAGCCUCUUGGUCUAGGAAAAGGAAAUGCCGGUCCAGAGGUGGUGUGGGUUGAAAGCGAAAAGCCACUUUUCCGUUGCCAGCUAGUACUUGACUCGACAGUGGCGACUCGUGACGUUCAUUUGCACAAUCUAUUCUGCCAAAUAGAGAGAUUGAUAAAAAGUAGUUCCCCUCCCACCUCCCCCAGCGCCCCGCCGUGGCAUGACGUGUGUAACGCGCUCAAGGCCGCACACGCUGUUAAUCUGAGUUCGCUGAUAGCUUUCCUUCCUACGAUCUUCAAUCAGCUUUUUGAUUUGAUGACAAUUGAAAAAGGAUACACUUCAGACAUGGGCUACCAAGUUGUGAAAUUGAUAGUACAUUAUGUUCAUCUCAUACAUGAUUUUGGCAGAAAGGAUUUACUUGACAGUUAUGUUAAGUAUGUCUUCAAUUGCGUUGAAUUUAAGCUACAUACAGUUCUGACAGCACCAUUGUACAUGUUUGUUGAUCAAAAUCAACAAGACUUUUUAUUGUGUCACAAAUUUAUGCAGUACUCUAGCUUUUUCUUUGACAUUAUCGUCAAAAGUAUGGCACAAUACCUUAUUAAUACCGGUCGAAUUAAGAUGUCGCGAAAUGAGAGGUUUCAUACCGAUCUAUUAGAAAAUAUCGACAGACUAGUAACGAUCGUCGAACCCACGUAUAUAUUACAACAGCCGAUGCAGACUCAUAUAUUUAAUAAAAAUCUUGCCGUGUUUCUUAAGUCGUGUCUUUCCUUCAUGGACCGUGGAUUCGUAUUUAGACAAAUAAAGAAAUAUUUGGAGAAAUUUAAGGCUUGCGAUCCAAAAGCUUUGUUCGAUUUUAAAUUCACCUUUCUCCAAACUAUAUGCUCCCACGAGCACUACGUUCCUUUUAAUUUGCCUCUACAAGCUAAUAAAAAUGGCAAAGAUGAAAAUGAAGAUCCAUCAAAGCUAAGAUUGUCUGAAGACUUUAUAAUGAGACAUUUUCUAGCUGGUAUCCUAUUAAAACAGGUGGAGCAGUCUCUCCGCGAGGUUCCCAGCAAGCGUCGCGUGUCUCUGGGCGUGCUACGCGCGUUACUCACCAAACACGAGCACGACGAUCGAUACCGGACAAGGCAAGCACGCGCACGACUGGCGCAGCUGUAUGCACCGUGGCUUACGGUCGUGCUGGAUAACGCUCACCGGCUCGUCACUAAAACCUUGGCCAGUCCGGUGUUAGAAAACGGCCAUGACAGAGUGGAUGGAGAUGGCACUUGUAUGCCCGCUAUCAUCAGCUCACAGAAGGAAGCCGCCUCCGCUAACAGCACUCCACGCAGAAACAGACUCACAUUACACUUCGACCACACGCCGCUACGUAACUCAACCCACUUUAAAGAACCCCCGAAUAUGUAUGGAAAAGAUAACGCAACUAACAUGUCGCAAAGCUCCCUCGAGUCAGUGUCCACUAUGUCCGGGGGAGACUCGUUGCCACGUAACGCUCGGUUAGAUUUGAGCGAUAUCGGUGACCAAGUGAACAGGUUCGGCGUACUCUCUCCGGAAGAAGUGCGAGAUGUUUUGCUAUGUUUCCUGUUUGUUCUCAAGUAUCUGGACGACGAACGACUGUUGGAGUGGUGGCGGACACAUUCCCGUGUACAACAACAGGCCUUCUUUAAUGUCUUAGAGAUUUGUGCCGAACAAUUUCAAUACGUGGGAAGAAAGAAGAUUUUGUCCGAAUUGAGUUUGCCGUCACCUGAUUGUAACGGUAAACUGAAACCAGUUAAAGCCAGGACUCUGCCCGCCAGGAUGAGUCCACCAGACUUCUCGAAGGAGCCGCCCAUCGUGGUCGAAAAAAAUAACACCGUCAAUAGAGAAAACCUUGUCAACCCAACAGUCACUAGUGAACUUGAAAUGAUGUCCGAACAUGCAGUGUUAUCCGCCGGGUGCUUAGCAACGGAAGUGGGGCUAAUAAUUAUAGACCGAGCGUGUCUUUUUAUGAGAAACUUAGGACCGGCAGAAGGAAAUGCCGCUAAACCGUAUCUAAAAUUGCUGCAGUGCCCUCAAAGUGAAACUCUAUAUAAACAUCUAUUCGCCGCCCUCCGGGCUUAUAUCAAUCAGUACUCAGAAACACUUUUCGAAGGUGGCAGUUCAGUAUGUGCGGGUGUAGUAUGCGCAGUUGUCCGCCUGUGCGCAGCGCGUGCUGCCUGGUUGAGGCGAGAAGCAGCCGCCGCCCUCUACCUUCUCAUGAGGGCUAACUUUCAACACGCCGAGAAGGGAAACCUCACUAGAGUACAUUUACAGGUGAUAAUAGCUGUUUCCAAACUGCUGGAUAGUUCUACAGUAUUGAACUGCAAGCGGUUCCAGGAAUCUCUAUCAGUGAUAAACUGCUUCGCUACUGGUGAUAAAGCUAUGAAAGGAACUGGUCUCUCAAGUGAGGUUGCGGAGCUAAUGCGUCGCGUGCGCACAGUGGUGGGGGCGCGGGCCAGGCUGGCUGGAGUGGGCGGGGUCGCUGGACACGGUGCUGGUAGCGUUCAUCUAUCAGAGUUACAGCACGCGCUGGCAGCGUCGUGUCGCGCAACGCCCCGCCUGCGACACGCCUGGCUCGCGACACUGGCGGAACACAACGUGCGGCACAACGACCACGACGAGGCCAUGUGUUGCCAACUUCACAUUGCUGCUCUGAUAGCAGAAUACCUCAAACUGCGAGGAACUCAAACAUGGGGCUCCGAGGCAUUCGCGGACUUGUCCUUGAACAUACCUAAAGAUGAAAUCGGCCUUAAGAUAGACGAGGGUAAGUGA